GUCUCGUGCUCACUUGUACCCACGGCAGCGGCGCGCGAUGGAGCGCGAGAGGGACUCAGCCUUAUUAACUCAGCAGAACUAACAGGUAGUUUUUGGGAGUUUUGUGUAGUUUCGUUUUUGUUUUUCCUCUCCGCGCGCCCCCGGAAGUGUGCCGAUGGAGCCUCGCGCGAACUUCUCUCUUCUCCACAAAGCCUGUGCUGUGCUCGUGGCUCUGUGCACGCUCCACAUCUCCGUCACGCUGCUCUUCUACCUGAGGGACACGGGCAACGAGAACGAGCACGCGCGCCCCUGGCCCGGCAAUGGCACGCUCAGGAGCAUCAGCAACGGGACGAGCACGAGCACGAUGACGAGCACAGCAGUCCCUACGACUAAAGCGCUGGAGAAGUGCCCGGAAACUUCCCCCCUCUUAGUGGGUCCUAUAAAUGUGGACUUUUCCCAACCGGUCAAUUUGAGUGAGAUGAGGCAGGACCCGAGGGUGUCUGAGGGUGGACGGUACAAGCCGCGGGAAUGUGUGUCACUUCAGAAGGUGGCACUCAUCAUACCGUUCAGACACAGAGAUGAGCACCUGAAGUACUGGCUUUAUUACCUUCACCCAGUAUUGCAGAGACAACAGCUGGAUUAUGGAGUCUAUGUCAUCGAGCAGGACGGUGAGGACACGUUUAACCGUGCUAAGCUGCUGAACGUGGGCUACGCAGAGGCUCUGAAGGAGUACAACUACGACUGCUUUGUCUUCAGCGAUGUUGACCUCAUCCCUCUAGAUGACCGAAAUACCUACCGCUGUUUCGACCAACCACGUCACCUCGCAGUGUCCAUGGACAAGUUCGGCUUCAGGUUGCCUUACAACCAGUAUUUUGGAGGCGUGUCAGCGAUGAGUAAAGAACAAUACCUGAAAAUCAACGGCUUCCCCAAUGACUACUGGGGCUGGGGCGGAGAGGACGACGACAUCUACAACAGGUUGACGUUUCGAGGGAUGUCUGUGUCUCGGCCUGAUGGCGUCAUCGGACGGUGUAAGAUGAUUCGGCACUCAAGAGACAAAAAGAACGAACCAAACCCUCAGAGGUUUGACAGAAUCGCUCACACGAGACAAACCAUGGACAGUGACGGCAUCAACAGCCUGACCUACAGAGUGGUGAGGACAGAGAAGGACAAGCUGUUCACCAAAAUCACAGUGGACAUCGGCAAGCCUUGAUCUUCUGCUGGCCUUCAGAGUUCUUACGGUUGCUUUAAGCCACUUGGCGGAGUAACUGUGGAGCGCUACAGCACGGGAGCUGUCAUUUUCUAGACGGAAACGUAUUUGAAUGUCCGUGAAGGAGGACCUCAAACUGUCUUCAUGAUGCAGUCCAAAUGGAAACUAACCAAAAUCCUACUCAGACACAUUCGCUGAGCGAAGCCAACGGUGUCCUGAUCCAGUUCUGGAGCACCGCAGCACUACUUAGCAGAGCUUUAGUUAUAAUGUGUGACUGAAGGGAGCAAAAAUAGAGAGAUGGUAACGUUAGCGUGAGCUACUUAACCAGCUGGGUUGAUCUCAGUGAAGAUAUUGUUCAUUUAUGACCAAAGAAACUGUCCAUUCAUGGUUAAAGGCGAAAAAAAUACAAUAUUAUAGCAUUACACCAGCUGCUUAGCUAGCUAGUACGAUCUUAGUAAACAAACUGGAACGGCACUAGCAUACAUGCUAAUAAUAUUUAGCAUUAGCUACUUAGCUUGGCUCGGUUUCCCAAAAACAUCUCAGUGUAAGGAUGGCUCUUAAAUGGUAGAGCGAGCAUCACACCGAACACUCUCUCUACCGGUUAAGCCAGUCUUUACACUAAGAUGCUUUUGGGAAACGGUUCCUUGUACAUUUAUAAUUGUAGGGGACUAAAGUGGAAAGGGAAAGGUGUUAGCGUGCAUGCUAAUAACAUAAGCAUUAGCUCCUUUGCUAGGAGCAAAGGGGUUUCAGGGUCCUCCAAGCAGACCAGCAUACAUGCUAGCAUACAUGCUAAUAAUAAUAGUGAGACCAAAGAGACUGUUCAUUUAACACUGGAGGAAGAAAAAAAUAAUAUUGUUGGCAUUAGCUGCAUGGCUAGCUAGCAUGAUCUUAGUAAAGAGGCUAUGCAUUUAUGAUCGGUGCGGGAAAAAAAGAUGAAAUGGGUCCUAAAAUGUGUGCUUUUUUCUUUCUUUCUUUCUUUUUUUCAUGAUUUAUACCUUAGCUUUACACAGGGGAUCAAAUCGGGUUCUUUCCGGUUCUUUUCUGUCACCUAACAUCUGAUUCAGCUCAGAUAACCAUUCCGGUUCUGUAGGAGCUGAUUCAGGCUGUCUUAGAACAAGGAAAACAGCUAAACUGUGCAGUUUAGUGCUAAACCAGAAAUGUUUUUUUGGAAGUUUUGCUUUCUAACAUAUAAAAACCAUCUAAGCCUUUUGGUGCUGUUAACCUGAAGUGUUGAGGAACUCACCCAAACUAAACUGAUCAAACUAAACUGACCAAAGAGAGAGUUCAGACUAAACAGGUCAAAAACAAAAGCGAGUACAUUUAAAAUGCUGCACUGUAGCACCCCUUUCAGCCAAUCAGGCUCAUCUCGCUUGCCUGAAUAGACCAGCAGCAUUUAGCGUUUAGGCUCAACCCAAACCAUGUCACCGAAUCCAAAAUUGACCCGAGCUUGAUAAAAUUCUGCCCAGAACUGACCCAGACAGGCCCAUAAUCACCCAAAGUGCUGAAUAGAACCUGUCAUUUUGACCGGUAGCGCUGGUUACCUUACCUAACAGAAGUUGCUGCAUGGUAAGAAGUUAGCGCAUAAAUAAAUGGAAUAAAACAUAUCCCUUUAAAACAAUCCCAAAUCAAGUUUACACUGAUUCUGGAUUAUUUUAAACACAGAUUUCUCAAGUUUGAAUUCAUCAAGCAAUGCUUGCACAUGACAUACCAGCUUUUAGUCUGGUAAAACGUUCUCUAAGGGACUGUUCUGAGUUCUGAGAACCUGAAUGUAAAAUCUGAGCCCAACACAUAUUCAGGAAAUGACGUGGGCACUCGGGUCCCGUCGGAUUUGGACAAAUAUUUCAAGCUCUACCAAAACUUUGCGGCUCUACGGCUCACUGCUCAGUCUGCAUGUUUUAGCCCAGGAUCGGAAUAAGUGCUUGGACCCCUAAUGAACCCAGUUCUAGCUGAUAUCUGCCGUUUGUUGGGCUGCGUCGGACAGGCGAAUUCUUCACAGUGCAGUGACUCUUCUGAAACACUCAGGGAUCAAGAACUCUGCCUUGACCUUUUCUCUAAAGGAGAGGAAGACCAGCCUUCCUGUGAGACUGAAAAGGAAGAACCCGGCGAAAGAGUUGAAAGUCAAUCAAAAGGAAUAUAAACAUGUGACUGGAAGUGUUGUUGCUGGCGACAGGCCUAACAGGAAAAGAGGAAAGCAGUGCCUGUGGGGCUGAGCUGGCUGGUCAGCUUUUCUGCUGCUGCUGCAGUCUGGGAUGACCUCUUGAAUCAAACUAGGACUGACCUGCGGACUCAUCAGUACUCCUCACUCCCUGAUGCUCUCCAUUGAGAACAUCUGCUUAUACUCACCUCAUUAGAGACAGAUUGCGUUGCUUUUUCAAAAAUAGCAUAAGUCACUUGUUAUGAGGAAAAGAUUUUCCAUCAGUUUGAUGUCAUUUGCCUAAUUUGGACAGGAUUAAAAGUACAUGGGGUCCUAGGGCAAUUUCCUUUUUCGAAGGUGCUGCUGAAUGACUGUAUCUUGUCCAGGCCGUGUCGUUUUCCUCUCUCCACCCCUGAGAAAAUUAGAGGCCAAAUUGCCUACUGUUUUUCGCUAAACUCAGCAGUGCUCCGGUCAUUUUAGUCCCAUCCAGAGACACAUUUGCAUGGUUUUCCAGGCAAAAAAAAAGGGUUUUGACCGCUGCUACUCACCAUAUUUAGUCUCCUAGCAUGCAUAUCUAUAGUAAACACUUCGCAAAUUGCGAAACGAUGGAUGCUGGGGAAAAAAACGAGUCACCUACUUUAAAUUACAGGGGAUCUCCAAUGAUUUGUUCAUUGUAGAGGCUUAGAUUUCUUUACAGAGGUGGUGAGAGGAACCAGGGCCAUGUCUACAACACAAAUACAGUCACUAUCCAAAACCACCAGUGAACCUACACGUGUCUUCUGAGUUUUAUGUGAUGGGAAAAUAGUGGUAAAUCUGAAAAACACAAGUUUUCUUUUGGGACUAUUUUGCCUCACAACACCCUGCAUGUACCCCUCCACCAUGACUGUGGUUAAAGACAUGUUUUAGGUGAGAAUUUUCUCAAAACUAAUGUAAAACAGUGUCUCAGACAUCUGGCAGUAUAUUUAUAACCAUUUCACGUAAUAAAUUGGAGCUUUUAGAGGUGGCUGUCUGGUUCCCAUCACCACCACUGUGAACAGUUCUGAUGGUCGGUUGAGCGUUUCACCUCAACCCCUUCUGAAUGAUUUUGUUCACAUGUUUUUGACAGAAUUAUGCAAAUUGUUUUGGAAAAUCUGUGAAAUUCCUCUUUAAUAUCAUCAACCUUAUAAAUCUGUGUUCAUAGAAAAUACAACCCACUAGAAACUUUUAAAAUUGAUUUUAAUGCCAUCCGGAUUUUGUGCAAGUUUAAUUGCCGAGGAGGCGUUGAUGAAUGAGAUCCGAAAAGGAGCACUGUAAAAUCAGAGGACGUGUAGCUUCACUGUUUGGGUAAAAAAAAGGUCUUAUCACUAACAUCGUAAUGAAAUCUGAAUCGGUACACUUCUCUAGAAUCAACUUUGUUUAUUUCUCAACAUGCAAACAUGCUGAAACUUAAAAAAACUGGUGGAAUUCAUGUUUAAUCAACCACGCUUAGAUGUUCACUGCAAAUCAUGAUGUCUUAGCAAGAGAAAACAUUUUAUAUGUAGUCAAUAUAUCUAAUAUUUCUGAUUAUGGGUUUGCUGUAAAAAUAUUACAAGAUUAUUCAACCUUUUUCCACACAUUUGUACUUGUUUUUAGUGAUUAUAUGCAGUGAAAGUGUCCUAUUCCACUGGUAGAUGUUUCAAGAAGUGAUGCAGAUAAUUGUGUUUGUUCUAAGCAACAUCUGCCAGUGGAAUAAGACAUUUUUAUAAGACAAAACAACUUAAAACAAGUAAAAAUGUCUAGAAAUAAGUUUGAUAAGCUUCUAAUAUUCUUACAACAAUCUCAAAAUUAGAAAUAUUGAAGUCUCAGGGAACUAAAAAGUCAGUGGCUCCCAGUCUGAGGGAUUGCAGACUGUAUAUUCCAGUUAAAUAUGAAACCCCCUAUCAGCCAAAAUAUGUUUGUUGUCGGGAGAAUUGCCGGGAGAAUUGCCAGUGGGCUGGUAGCGUUUUGGGUCGCUUACUGUGAGCCAAUGUAACUAUAUACUCACACAUAUAAGGACAAGAACGCUCAGACAAACUGGAAAGUCCAGUCCAGCUGUGCUGAUCUACAACAAAACACGCAUGGUGUCUCGGAAGCAUCGGAAGCUGGUGCUAAUCUUCACCCUCCCAGCUUAUCAGUGUUGAGAGAUAACUUGGGAAGAAAUUGGGGGAAAAAUAAGAAAAGCUUGUGCACCAGUUAGCAUUGUUGCUUCAAACUGUGUGGAGCUGAUUAUUAAUCUCCGGUAAACCUCCAGUAAAUGACACGCUGUUGUCUAUAAACAUGGACUAAAGUAGAUAAAAUUCCAGCCUCGUAGCUCCAGUGCAAAAAUAAGGCAGCAAACAUCAGACACCAAACACGUCUUGGCUGAUCAACCACAUUUGGCGUGAGGGUUUUUCACCAAAAAACUACUGCUUUAAAAUAUCUACAGACUAUUACAGGCCUUUUAAUGUGUUUGUGUUACUGCAAUAUCGUUCACACUUUAAACUGUAUAACUGAUCUGGGAACUGCUGUUAAACUCACUGAACACCAGCAAACUGUAAGGCACUUUAUAUAUAUAUGAUCAUUUAUUAACGAGUAAAUCGCUGUUGUUGGAAGAAAAUCUUAUGUUUUUCAGUUUUUGAUAUAAUUUGAAAAAACAUGUUACCCUUUACGUUGUGUGUAUAUUUCAUAAUGAAUGGAC